ACUACAAGCACUAUUUAACUAUAGUGAUUACUUAGAUAAAAUAUUUUGUACUAUUUAGAUUAAAAAAAACUGUACCGUUAAUCUUAUUUAUUUAAUAUAUCAAUAAAUCUAUCAAUAGAAAAAAUAAUUUCUAAAUAUAAUUUUUACAGUCAAUUUCAAAAAUAAUCAAAAAAAUAAAUACCAUCUAUUAAAACUAAAAGGCCUUCAAAUGUGGUCCUUUAUUAUACCUGUAAUCGUAUUGACCACUUCCAAUGUGGUUAGAAUGGAAAACAAUACAGCAUUUCCGCCAUUAUUUCCAGCUCUAUUGAAUGUUUUUUUUAGAGCAGUUGGCGAGACAUAUCAAACAACUAGAGAUGAGCCAGGGGCACAUAAUAUUGAAUAUGAUUUCAUUAUAGUAGGUGCAGGAUCUGCAGGAUCAGUGGUAGCCAGCCGACUCACUGAAGUAUUAAAAUGGAAAGUAUUAUUAAUUGAGGCUGGCCAAGAAGAGCACUUCAUCAUGGAUAUUCCAUUGGCAGCCAAUAUGCUUCAGUUUACUGAAGCUAAUUGGAAAUAUAAGACUAUGCCUUCAAAUGAAUAUUGCUUGGGACAUGUCAAUAAGCAGUGUAAUUUUCCAAGAGGAAAAGUUAUGGGGGGAUCAAGUGUGUUAAAUUAUAUGAUUUAUACAAGAGGACACAAAAAAGAUUAUGAUACUUGGUUUGAUGCUGGUAAUAUUGGCUGGAGUUCAGAUGAAGUUUUUAAAUAUUUUCUUAAAUCAGAAAAUGCUAAUAUGACUUUGCGAGACACAAAAUUUCAUAAAGAAGGAGGUUUACUAACAGUUUCCGACAUACCUUACAAGAGCAAUGCAGCAACUGCUUUUGUUCAAGCAGGAAAAGAAUUAGGAUACCCUAUCAGAGACAUAAACGGAGAAAAUCAAAUAGGCUUCAACUACCUCCAAGUUACAAUGAGCAAUGGACUGAGAUAUAGUACAAAUAAAGCUUUUCUUUAUCCCGCAAGUAGACGUUCAAAUCUUCAUGUAACCAAAAAAAGCCAAGCAACUCGAAUACUUUUUGAUAAAACUGGACACAAAGCAAUAGGAGUUGAAUACUAUCGAGGAGAUAUAAAAUACAAAGCUUUUGCUAGAAAAGAAGUUAUAAUAUCAGGAGGUGCUAUCAAUUCUCCACAUCUUCUUAUGUUAUCAGGAAUUGGCCCAAAAAAUCAUUUAACAUCAAAAGGUAUAAAAGUUAUACAAGAUUCACCAGUUGGACAAAAUUUAAUGGAUCACGUAGCUUUAGGAGGAUUAACUUUUAUUAUGAACGACACUAAUUCAAUAAAAACUGAAAGGCUUUUAAGUGAUCCAAUGGCACUUUAUAAUUUUAUGAGAAACCGUGUUGGUCCAAUCACUAUACCAGGAGGGACUGAAGCAAUAGCUUUUAUUGACCUAAGUCAACCAGAAAACCCUAAAGGAUACCCUGACCUUGAGUUAUUAUUCAUAAAUGGAGCUGUAAGUUCAGAUGUUACGCUAAAACAAUCAUUUGGCAUUACAGAUAAAAUAUAUAAUAAAGUUUAUAAAAACACAGAAAAUGAAAACACAUACAUGGUAUUUCCAAUGAUAGUACGACCUAAAAGUAAAGGAUUCAUAGAAUUAAAAGACCGCAAUCCUUUUAGAUAUCCUGCUAUCAUUCCAAAUUACUUCUCUGAUGAGAAUGAUCUAGAUAUUAUAGUAAAAGGCGUAAGACUUUGUCAAAAACUAUCAAAUACCAAAUCAUUACAAAGUAUAAAUGCAAAAUUAUGGGAUACACCAAUGCCAGGUUGUGAAGCUCACAAAUUUGAUUCAGAUGAAUAUUGGAAGUGUGCGGCAAGACAAUUAACAUUUACAGUAUACCAUUUGGCUGGGACAUGCAAAAUGGGACCACUGGGAGACCCUACAGCAGUCGUUGAUCCAAGGUUACGAGUACAGGGAAUUGAAGGACUACGAGUUAUAGAUGCUUCUAUUAUGCCAGAAAUACCAACUGCACAUACUAACGCGCCAACAAUAAUGAUUGCUGAAAAAGGUUCUGAUAUGAUAAAAGAAGAUUGGGGAAUUCCUAUUAGAGUUUAAGUUCUACAAAAUGUUAAUAAGUAUUAUCUGUGAUAAAAUGUACUAUAAUUAAUGAGUAUUAAUUUUUUUAUUUGUAAACUAUCAUGCCCUACUUAUGUUUUUUAAAUAUCACUUAUCAAAAAUAAUUUUAAUGAAACACAAAAAAAAGUUCAUAACUGCAUAAAAUACUAUAGUUAAAUAUUUUUCAACUAUUACCUAAUAAGAUACUAAUGGUAAAAUUAUUAAACUAAUUUAUUGGGUGUGAAUCUAAGUGAAUUUUUUUAUACUUCCAAAAAAUGUAAUUCAAUU